AUGACUAUCCUGAUCAAUAACUGGCACUCCUUUGGCGCAGUCGCUGUGGGUGCUUUCUUAUAUGGCUUCUAUCUGUACUUCGCACACCCUUUGAGUCGAUACCCUGGGCCCUUACUCGCUAAAUUCACAGACUACUGGCGUUUCCAAGAUGUUCGUGGACGCCAAAGUCAUUUGACGAUGAUUAGGCUGCACGAAAAAUACGGCCCAUUGGUGCGCACCGGACCCAAUACGCUCAGCAUUGCAGAUCCGGCCUAUAUCCCAAAAAUCUAUGGCCCAGGCCAUGGCUUCUUAAAGAGCGCAUUCUACCUGCCCUUUCAAGGUUGGGUGGGUAAUACCAUCGGGUAUAACCUGUUUACUACACGCGACGCACAUUACCAUUCAGCUAUCAAACAGCCAGUAGCCAACGCGUAUGGAAUGAAAUCUGCGCUGGAGUUUGAGCCAAUCGUCGAUGACUGUAUUGUCAAAUUUGUGCGAAGGCUCGAUGAUGAGACAAUGGGGCCGAAGGGCAAAAAGGCAUGCGAUUUGGCCGCGUGGAUGCAAUAUUACGCAUUUGAUGUGAUUGCUAUCAUGACUUGGGGAAAACCUUUUGGUUUCCUCGAUCGUGGCAAGGAUGUGGACAAUAUGAUUAGUCGGCUUGACAAAAGGCUAGACCAGAUUGCUCCAAUGUCUCAGAUGCCUUGGAUCGACUGGCUUAAAACCAAAAAUUGGGUUGUGAAUCUCUUUCGAGACAAGACCAACGGCUUUGCCAUCUUUACCGCCGCGCUAAUCGAGGACCGUCGAAAGGAAAUGGCGCAAAUUACUGAACAACCCGGACCGCGCUUGUUUAUUGAUAGGUUCUUUGAGGCUCAACGCACGCACCCCAGUGUCGUGGACGAUCGCACCGUAGUAAUCUAUACGACGAGUAAUGUUAUGGCAGGAUCCGACACAGUGGCCAUUACACUGCGUGCUAUCUUCUAUAUGGUACUUCGGGACAACAAUGUGCGAAGACGACUGGUUGAGGAGAUUGACGCUGCUGGUCUUAGUUUUCCUGUAACAUGGGAAGAAAGCCAGCGAUUACCCUAUAUGAACGCAGUUAUCCAGGAGAGUCUCCGAAUACACCCACCUGUGGGACAUGCGCUGGAGCGUGUGGUACCGACGGAUGGUUUAACGAUGCUAGACGGAAUGAUAAUUCCCUCGGGCUGCCAAGUGGGUGUUCACCCAUGGGCAGUGCAUCAUAUCGAUCCAAUAUGGGGUACAAACCCUAAGAAAUUCAAGCCCGAGCGUUGGCUACAGGCCGCUGAGGAAUCGGCGGAAGAGUACCAAAACCGUGUUGCGGCGAUGAAACGAGCAUCAUUGGCGUUCGGCGCCGGAUCGCGAGGGUGUAUGGGGCGGCAUCUGAGUAUAGUUCAAAUUGCCAAGUUAGUCCCAAGUAUAUUCAUGAAGUUCCGUUUUGACCUGGUGGACGAGAGUCGUGAUUGGGAGGUUGUUUGUAGUUGGUUCGUGCGACAGUCUAGGAUGGAUGUCUUCAUUGGACGAAGGUAA